AAAAAUUCGCUGCAGUCACCGCCUCGGAUACAGUCUUGCAUGUUGUUUCCUUUGCGAAGACAUCUGGAAAACGGUGCUUCUUAAGGACGGCUGUGCAGCAUGGCUGUGCCUUUCGUGCAAGACUGGGACCUUGUUCAGACACUGGGAGAAGGAGCCUAUGGAGAAGUGAGGCUGCUGGUGAACAGGCAGACGGAGGAGGCGGUAGCAGUGAAGGUGAUCGAUACCUCUCAGGCUAAAGAGUGUGCUGAAAAUGUCAAGAAGGAGGUCUGCGUGCAUAAGAUGCUCAACCACCCCAACAUUGUACGUUUUUUUGGCCAUCGGAAGGAAGGUACGACUAUGUACCUCUUCCUGGAGUACUGCACCGGAGGAGAGCUGUUCGACCGAAUUGAGCCUGAUGUGGGGAUGGCAGAGAAAGAUGCUCAUAGAUUUUUCCAGCAGCUAAUAGCAGCUGUGGAAUAUCUCCACAGUGCUGGCAUCACCCACAGAGAUAUAAAGCCAGAGAACAUUUUGCUCGAUGACAAAGAUAACCUGAAGCUGACAGAUUUUGGACUGGCCACCAUGUUCCGUUUCAAAGGACGAGAGCGUCUUCUGAAUCGCCUGUGUGGGACUCUUCCUUACGUGGCUCCGGAGCUUCUCAGCCAAACAGAGUACAAAGCUCAGCCUGCAGAUAUCUGGGCUUGUGGGAUCGUCCUUACUGCCAUGCUGGCUGGAGAGUUGCCGUGGGACCAGCCCACUGAGAGCUGUCAAGAGUAUUCAGACUGGCUUCAAAAGAAAACGUACCUCCCUCCUUGGAAGAAAAUACAACCUAUGCCUCUUAGUUUGUUGUCCAAAUUACUGCUGGCCAGUCCGGGUGCACGCAUCACCAUCACAGACAUACAGAAGGACCGCUGGUUUACUCAAGGUGUAAAGCAGCCACCUCUGGGCUCUGGAAGAAAUAAACUUCUUCGAUCGGAUGCAGGUCUUAUAUCCCGAGCCAACAGUGAUGACAAGAUGCAGUUUUCUAGCUCUCAGCCUGAUAUUGCAGCAGGCGGUUGGGAAGCCAUGUUGUUAAUCAGCCAAACCGAAGGGCAAGUCAGCUUCUCGCAGCCGACCAAGCCGGAGCACAUGCUGCUGGGUAGUCAGCUACUGGGCACGCCAGGAGCCAGUCAGUCGCCGUGGCAAAGGUUAGUGCGGAGAAUGACACGUUUCUUCACCACCGUGAAUGCUGACGCUUCCUUAACUGCCCUGAAAGAUGCCUGUGAUGGUCUGGCACUUGGUUUCAAACUCACCUGCAACAAACAGGUGACAGUGAGCACACUGGAUAAACGCAACAACAAACUCAUCUUCAAAGUGCAUUUGCUAGAGAUGAAUCGGAGAGUGCUGCUGGACUUCAGACUGUCUAAGGGUGACGGCCUGGAGUUUAAACGUCUGUUUGUGAAGAUAAAACAGAAGCUCGGGGACAUCAUCAGCACUCAGAAGAUCACAUGAGCAGCCUCUGCAAGCUAGUGCACACUUCUGUGGACACUGGACAGAGAUCCUGUAUAUAUUUAGCUGUUCUUUUGACAUUUGAAAUGUCUUCUGCUGUUCUCUUCAGGUGUGUGUUUUCUUGUACUUCUAUCAUUGUGAGAAUCAGUUAAGUGUUAGAUGUCAGGAGGUCGGAUGUUUUGGAAAACACAUAGGAUGGAAGCAAGUGUGUGUGUGUGUGUGUGUGUGUGUGUGUGUGUGUGUGUGUGUGUGUGUGUGUGUGUGUGUGUGAGAGAGAGAAUGUCCAUGCUCUGCCUUUCAAAAGACUGAUUUGUUCUUAUGUUUGACAUGAUACAGUCCAAAGUCUUGAAUAAAUUA